AUGAUGAACCCAAAAAGAGGUACAAAGGAAGAGAUAGCAGCCGCCGACACAAAGUUCAGUAAGGAGACUCUACGACCCGAUGACAGAAAUUAUAUAGACAACCUGGACAAAGUCUACAACGACAAAUGUGGUCCGGAAUGCAAAAAGUCUUUGGACUCUUACGAAUCCAAGCUGUCCGCUCAAAAAAAGGCACAGGAGAAGAACCCAAAUACUUUACCAGGCGACAGGGCAGGAAGAGGCGAAACCAACUCGGCAGAAGACACCUAUCAGCACAGGUUGAAUCACUUGCGGCUGGCCAGGGGUGUUAGCGGUGAAGAUGCCGCGAAUGAACUUGCGUCGUGGCACUCGGUCGAAUCCGCGCGGAAAAAGGAUGCGGAGGCGCAGGCGCUGAGGGAUGCCCAGAAGAAUGGCAAGAAUGGCCAAGGCAAGCAGGCCCGCUAA